UAUUAUCAAGGUCCAUAUAUUCCAGGAAUAGAUAGGAACGGUCCAGGUGCAACUCUGUCCUAGAGUAGCUUUCAGUACAGGUGACAGGUUCACCAUGCAAGCACCCCCAUGGGCCCUCGGGCUCGCCGCGAUCUGCACGGCCCUGUGUGUUUCGCGCGCACAGAAGUUCCCCUGCAACCAGCCCAAGAGUGCUGGCGGUUCCUUCUAUGACUUCACCGUGAAGGACAUUCACAACAAGGACGACAUCGACUUCGAGCAGUUCCGGGGCCACGUCGUCCUCGUCGUCAACGUCGCUAACUACUGAGGCAAGACCCCCCAGUACUUCGGUCUGAAUGCACUGCAGACUCAGUUUGGGGGGAACGGCGACUUCCACGUGUUGGGGGUACCCUGCCAGCAGUUUAAUCUGCAAGAACCUGGGGCUAACGGCACGGAGAUCAUGAACGGUGUAAAGUACGUGCGACCCCGCCUCACGCCCCUCUUCAACCUCACCCAGAAGAUAGACGUGAACGGCCAGUAUCAGCAUCCCCUCUACAGGUUCCUCAAGAGUUACUGCGAAAGUGUCAGGACCCAGUAUCGGCCGUCCAGCUGGCUAUUCUACCAACCCAAGGAAAUUGGGGACGUGUACUGGAACUUUGAGAAGUUCUUGGUUGGGGCAGAUGGACACGUCAAGUUCCGGUACAGCCCCAGCGUCCAGCCCAUUGACAUCCGGCCCGACAUCGAGGCCUUGCUGGGACGCCAUGUGCCUGUGGUUGGCUAACCUCGGACAUCACAUGUUAUGAACAAACAAAUCAAAGCUGUUUAUUAUGUUAUCUUGUGCUUGCCAUGGUCAAGAAGUUAAACAGCGAAUGACAGAUGCGCCAUAAACAAGACAUGUUGUGGGCGUAUCUCGAGAAGAAGCUGUCGGUUUGGGAUCUCGUGCAUUCGAUCCCUCUCUGAUGGCUCCUGCUGUCGUUACGUCUUCUUUAACAUGGCACGCACGAUAUACGUGAAUAAAACCGACCUCUGUACACUUA